CGUCGAUCAUUCGUUUGGCGCUCUGCUCGCUCGCUCACUCGCGCGCUCGAAGCGGGCUCGAGUUGUUAUAAAAGUGGCAAGGACAUACGGUCGAGCCAUUAGUCGAAAACUAUAAACGCUCGACGCGAAAUCGUCUCCGGGUCUCCGUCUCCGUAGCCACCGUAACCAAAAAUACGCCAAGCGCCAAGCGCCAACCGCCAGCCGCCAACGCUACGAUAAAUACAAUUUUUUUGAUCGCCUUGGCAGCCAACCCCGAACCGAACCGCAUCCCCAGGAAUCGAUUCGAAUUGAAUUGAUUUUUUUUUCAAGUGCCUGUCGAAAGCCAACAAAAGCAAAAGUGACCAAUGGCCGCCGAGCAGUGCAGUAAAUAAGAGCGUCGCCACACCAGGGGAAACAAGCCAGAGGCGCGAGCCACCAGAGACCAAGCCAAGACCGCGCCAGCACCCAGAACCAGGAGCAACCAGGAGCGCAACCAGGAGCGCAACCAGGAGGAACCACCAUGCUGGCCGACUCGUACCUGAUCAAGUUUCUGCUGCGCCAGCUGCAGGUGCAGCAGGACGGCGAUGCCCAGCACCUGCUGAUGGUCUUCCUGGGCCUGCUGGCCCUCGUCAGCCUGCUCCAGUGGCUGCUCAGGAACUACAGGGAGCUGCGCAAGCUGCCCCCGGGCCCCUGGGGCCUGCCCGUGAUCGGGUACCUGCUGUUCAUGGGCAACGAGAAGCACACCCGCUUCAUGGAGCUGGCCAAGCGCUACGGCUCCCUCUUCUCCACGCGCCUGGGCAGCCAGCUGACGGUCGUGAUGAGCGACUACAAGAUGAUCCGCGAGUGCUUCCGGCGCGAGGAGUUCACCGGCCGCCCGGACACCCCCUUCAUGCAGACGCUCAACGGCUACGGCAUCAUCAACAGCACCGGCAAGCUGUGGAAGGACCAGCGCCGCUUUCUGCACGACAAGCUCCGCCAGUUCGGCAUGACCUACAUGGGCAACGGCAAGCAGCAGAUGCAGAAGCGCAUCAUGACGGAAGUGCACGAGUUCAUCGGCCACUUGCACGCCAGCGACGGCAAGCCCGUCGACAUGUCGCCCGUCAUCUCGGUGGCCGUGAGCAACGUGAUCUGCAGCCUGAUGAUGUCCACCCGGUUCAGCAUCGACGACCCCAAGUUCCGGCGCUUCAACUUCCUCAUCGAGGAGGGCAUGCGCCUGUUCGGCGAGAUCCACACCGUCGACUACAUCCCCACCAUGCAGUGCUUCCCCAGCAUCUCGACGGCCAAGAACAAGAUCGCCCAGAACCGGGCCGAGAUGCAGCGCUUCUACCAGGACGUGAUCGACGACCACAAGCGCAGCUUCGACCCCAGCAACAUCCGCGACCUGGUCGACUUCUACCUCUGCGAGAUCGAGAAGGCCAAGGCCGAGGGCACCGAUGCCGAGCUCUUCGACGGCAAGAACCACGAGGAGCAACUGGUGCAGGUGAUCAUCGACCUGUUCUCCGCCGGCAUGGAAACCAUCAAGACCACCCUGUUGUGGAUCAACGUGUUCAUGCUGCGCAACCCCAAGGAGAUGCGCCGCGUCCAGGACGAACUGGACCAGGUGGUGGGACGCCACCGCCUGCCCACCAUCGAGGACCUGCAGUACCUGCCCGUCACCGAGUCCACCAUCCUGGAGUCCAUGCGCCGCUCCAGCAUCGUUCCCUUGGCCACCACCCACUCGCCCACAAGGGAUGUGGAACUCAACGGGUACACCAUACCGGCCGGCUCGCACGUCAUCCCGCUGAUCAACAGCGUCCACAUGGACCCCAACCUGUGGGAGAAGCCCGAGGAGUUCCGCCCCUCGCGAUUCAUCGACACCGAGGGCAAGGUGCGCAAGCCGGAGUACUUCAUCCCCUUCGGCGUGGGACGGCGGAUGUGCCUGGGCGACGUGCUGGCGCGCAUGGAGCUCUUCCUGUUCUUCGCCUCCUUCAUGCACUGCUUCGACAUCGCCCUGCCCGAGGGCCAGCCGCUGCCCAGCCUCAAGGGCAACGUGGGGGCCACCAUCACGCCGGAGGCCUUCAAGGUCUGCCUCAAGCGCCGCCCCCUGGCGCCCACCGCCGCCGAUCCGCACCACAUGCGCAACGUCGGCGCCAACUGAGGCGGACGCGGAUGCGGAUGCGGAUGCGGUUCCGGUCCGCUCCAGAGCACGGUUUUGUUCCUACACAAACACACAACAACAGAAAAGAGAAAAAAAGAGGACAAGGCUGGACGGGAGAGGCCAACUCCAUUCGGGCCUCGCCUCGCGCAGAGCUAUCCACUUAGCCGUAAGUUAGUAGUUAUCCGCCCGUGGGAGGAGCAGAUCCUGAGCCUGGCCAGAUCCUGGCCGGCCAAGGAGCAGAGCAGCCGUAGCUGUGAGGACUGCAGAGGACUGCAACCAAUUCUAUUCUUUCACCCCCAAGAAGCUGUGUUCAACUAAUUGUAAUUACACCCCUAGACUAGCCUAGUUACGCUCGAUUCUAUUGCUAAUGUUAAUGUUUUUUUAUUAUUAUUAGUUUAAUUAUUAUUACCGCUAAUAUUAGGAUUAUGCUAUGUCUAAAGCCAGCGGGCCGAUUAAGUGUAGUUAGCUAACGUUCUGUUUAUUCCUAGUAUUAGUGCUAGCUUAAUGUCCAAACAACAAACAACAAAACAAACUGUGGUUUAGUCUUACAAGCACACACCAACAUAGGCAAACAAUUCGAAAAUAAAGAAAAACCUGUGAAAAACCUAUUAAAAACCGGUGCAAAUAA